AUGGUGAUAAGGGUAUUAUACCAAAACAGAGGAAAGGGAAAUAGGAUCUCUGAAUUGCUUUUGAUCAAAAGGAGAGGAUUCACGAACGGAGAGGGGGAGGAAACGACAACAGGGGGUGUUUGGAGGGAAGCUAAGCUCGUCCUCGAUUACGUUGGACCUUGUCGCCUUUACGGUGAGCCUGUCGUCGCUGCCUGUGUUGAAGCGGGGUGCGAUUACCUGGAUAUUUCAGGUGAGUCGGAGUUCAUGGAGAGGAUGGAAGUCGUGUACCAUGAGAAGGCGAUGGAGAAAGUGGGUUUCGUCGCAGCUCCCAAUCGGGUUGAAGCCUACUUGUCCCUUGAAUCGGAUAAAAAUAUAGCAAUCGAUGUAUUCACCGUCGAUAUAUAUACUCAAGGAGAAUAA